AGAGUAAUAAAUAACACUAGCUGACAAACCUAACCUAUACAAACCUCGCGCGCACUUACUCACGUUGUGAACUGACUAAAAAAAAAAGGAAAGGGAAAGAAAAGGAAAUGAAAAUUUUACGCGCAACAAUCAGAUAUGUGUAUUUUAUGAUUCUUGUAGCGAAGGCUUGCUCCCUUUAUCAGGUUACUAGGAAUCGUGUGAUAAGAGAAGGUAUUUUCAGCCGACUGGACGGCAUGGAAUGGAUAACAUGUACACAGAUGUGUGACCAGCUAGAUGAUUGCGUCUCUUAUAACUUCGGUUUGGAUGGAAUGAAUCGUGGAAUUUGCGAGUUCAGCAAAUGCGCGUCGAAUCGAUGCGACAAAGAAAUUGGGCUGUUGUUCUUGCAAGGAAUGGUAGUCCAUCAAAUUAAAAGAGCAAAGCUUGAUGCAAUGUGUUCGCAGAUUCCAACUCCUUCAACUCAGCCCACCCUUCCUGCAACUCCACGAGAUUGUAUGGACGUCUUCCUAUCAGGAGGUAGUGUUAGCAAAAUAUACAACGUAGACCCGGAUGGGAGUGGCUUGAUGCCCGUAUUAUGUGACCAAGAUAUCGAGGGAGGGGGCUGGACAGUGUUACAGAAAAGGACUUCUGGCGGAGGAGAGGAUUUCUUUAAACUCUGGACAGACUAUGUGUCGGGCUUUGGUAGCUAUGAUGUGGAGUUUUGGAUAGGUCUCGAUCGGAUGCAUCGUUUGACGGCCUCGAGGCGAAACAUGAAGCUACGGAUCGAGCUGAUAAAAGAAGAUGGCGCUAAAGCGUACAGUGAAUAUACAGGCUUCUGGAUCGCGAGUAAUGCAGAUAAUUACAAACUGAACCUGGUAUUUGAAGGUGGCACUGCGGGUGACUCGCUGACUAUGCACCAUAAUGGCAAGCCCUUUUCCGCCAAAGACAAGGACAACGACAACUGCGCCUUCUGCAGCUGUGCGGAGCGCUUCACUGGGGCGUGGUGGUUUGACGGGACGGGGGAUGAGUGUAUGUCCUCAGAUCUGAACGGAAGAAACAUCUCGUGGCAAUCAUGGAACUUUGUGCUUAAGGGAAGCGAGAUGAAGAUACGACCGGUGCCGUAGCUAGGGAUUGGGACGGAUGGAAUCACGCGCUUACAGAAAAAAAAACAAAAACAUAAAACCGGGGGGAGAGGGGGGGAGGAUGUACAUAUAAGAAAUGUAAGGGGAUUUUAUGUUUGGGUGAAAACAAUAUUUAUCGUGUGUAUAACAUAAAAUAAUGAAGACAAGACUGUCUUCCUGCCCCCUGUGUAGCGGCAGGAAGCCUCGUCCCUAAUCUAUUCGGUGGGCCUGUCACGCUAUACAUGGUCAUGACGUCACUGGCAUUUUUACUGCCGUAUUAGAAAGAGUGAGUGCGCGCGCGAAGCAUCAUGGAGCUGACAGCAAGGGAGUAGCCUGGAAACGAAGCUAGGGGCAGGAGUGAAUAUUAGAAAUCAUGAAACCACUGUUUUCACAGAGAGCACAUCGAAGAUGCGGCUGUUGUAAGGAUAAUAGGGGUCUGGGUGAAUGAGAGCAAUCUAAAGGACGGACCAUUCAAUAUUUGACGGGGAGAAAAGCAUUUAUCCUCCUUGAUUUUUGUCUGACAUUUUUUCUGCUCGAUUUAUUUCACGAAGGAUGCGGCGAUUCUGCCACUUUUUGCUUUUUCGAUUAUUUUUAAGGACCUGAGCCUUUCUUGAGUAAAACAUCAAAUGGUCCGUCCGGAAAUUAAUACUAGAAACAGGCCCGUACCCAGGGAGUGCAAGGGGUUCGGUCCCCCCCCCCCCCCUUCCUCCCCACCACCACCAUCACAACAGACGAAAUUCCACUUUCGGUGCUCAAUAGACGUGCUAUUUGUAGACAAAACUAUAAAUCAUAAGCUAGGUCUUUCUGGUAUAUCAUCAAUCCAUAAGUCAGAUCUUUUUGUAGCCAAAUCCGACAAUAAAUGUCCCUUGGAGAUACUGCUAAGGCGAAUUUUGUUUAAUCGGAGGUUGUUAGAUUUUUAUCAGAAAACUCACCGUCCCCCGCGUCUCCUCAGAAAAAUUAGGACAAGAUCCUUUACUUAUAUCUUUGCGUGCAAAAAUACGGUAAUUCAUCGCGAGUUAGUGGCUAAUCUGCCCAUGCAACCCUUAUUCAGGGCUGUAGCCAGAGAUGAACCAUACAAUAUAAUCAGUGAAAAAAGGAUUUAAAUGUAAAAUGUCUAAAAAUAUGGCGAUAUAGAAAAACACUGAAAAUGCGAUAAAGAGGUGCAUGCCGGACAGGCUGUGUGGGUGUUUUGGGGGCGGUCUUCCUGUGGAGUUACAUAAUAAAGAUGUCGGAAGAGCAUCCCAUUCUUCACGAUCAAGAAUUUCCCUGCCCAUUUCAAGGGCUUUCAGAUGCCCCAGAUAAAGACGUAGUUCAAAUUCAGACAUCGAAAUUACAGAUGUGCUGGGAUGAGUUCAAGUGAUAUGCACAGUACAUUGUGCCCAUUUUGUUGGUAAAUGCAGUUGUUGUGCUGUUGCUAGUUCUACUGUUAUAAUGAGCUACAAGAGAUGAUAAUGGCACAACCAUGAAAUGCAGACCCAUGAAAUGUCCAUGGCAAGACUUCACCAGGGAGGAAAAGAUGUGAGUGAACAAAAGAUUUUUGGGCUCAUAUGUACAGACCAGCCCCAGUUUCAAGUAGCAAUAAAGUGUGGUAUGCCAUAAACAUUUUUCAGGAGCGUAGCCAGGGGGGUGAUUGCCCCCCCCCCUUUUAGCAACCAAAAAUGCAGUAAAUGUAUGAGACAUUAUCUAAAAUACAGGAUAAAAUGCCUUGAAAGUCCUUUUUUGGCCCCCUCCUGUUAAAAAUCGCUGAUAUUAACUAAUUAUUAUGUUCAGGCCCAUCGAAAGGUGAUGUUAGCAUAGUUUCAAAUAAACUGCCUAUGCACUUGGCUAGCAACCAAAGAGAAGUUAGGAAAAGAUAGAUUACCCAAGAUGAACAAAAAAUUACAAAAUAGAUACAAGGUAAAACCGCCAACCACCCACACCUUCCUGUUGCACUCACACCAUGUGUACCCCCCUGUGUAUGCUCUGCCUGCCUUUGUCAAGAUAAAAAAGUUGUCAAUUUAUGUUUUUUUUUAAAGAGAGAUGUGUAGAGCUGUAUAGCUCUAAAAGUCUUAAAGAGUUUCGGUCAGCCAUCAACCUGUUAUUUGCCAAGUUUCAACACAUAAUUUGUAAUGUUGAAUGAAAACAACAAAGAUGUGGCUGAUUAUGGCUCUUUAAGUUGUAUUUUACCUUUAUGCUAUACAACACGUAUCCCAAAUAAUAUGACAAGUCUGUCACAAACUGAGUUGUUCAGCUGGCAUUCUUUGAUGUAGUGGUUUGGGAUUCAGUGCAUAAUAGAAACAUAUACAGAUGGCUUGAUAUACAACAUGGUAUAACUAAACAGACUACAAACAAGCUGUAUAGAAAAAACUAGAUGGUCUGUGUAGGCGUGUUGUAGACAAAGUUAUAAAUCAACACAAGAUUGAAAAGGUAUGCUGAACGCCUCUGUGAAACAGAGUAGUUGCGCUGGGACAAGAUGGACAAGAUUCUUGACCAAUCGCCUUAUUUACUGGAAGCUGUCGCAAUAUUUUCAAUUGAAUUUGGUAAAUAGAGCCUGGUUUUUUUAUAUAUGCACAUGAGCUCACCUCUACGAUAUGUUUAUAGUUAGCGCAACUACUUUGAUUCACAGAGGCGUUCAACAUACCUUUUUAACCUUCUGUUGAUUUAUACUUCAAUAUACAACAUGUUCGUAGGUUGGUUGUAGGUUGAGAGGGGGAGGGAUCAUUUUUAAGGCCUCAGUAAAAUUUCAUAUAGAUUCCGUAGUCAAUAGAAGCUGCAUUUUCUUCUCAGCUGCAAAGGAUAUUCUGAAGUUUCACUCUCUAGAGAUUCGUCAAGAACUUUAAUAAAAUUUCAUAAUAAGCAGACAGGGGGAAGUACAGUGGUCUAAGAAUAUGCUAAAAUUAUUCUAAGAAAUUCUGUGCUUGGCACUAGGUAUGUCAUACUGAGGUGCUAAAUAGAAUGAUCACGGAAGAGCUAUAAAUAUUAAUGAGCGUUUGUUUAAUAUCAUUUUAAAGGGUUCCAUGAGCUGUAAUCGUGUGCUAUAUUUUGUAUACAGUCGAUUGACAAAAGGUUGUCGUGAACCGGCUUUGCGAGUACGCGACAAGCACACUUGUAAGCAUAGGUUGAAAAGAUUGAAAUCGAUUGAAAAGAGCAUAAAAGAGCAGAGGAACUCACAUCUACGGUUUUGAAAUCGAUUAAAAGUCGAUUGAAAAGAACUUGAGCGCAGAGGAACUCACAUCUACGGUUUUGAAAUCGAUUAAAAGUCGAUUCUGAAUAAAGUUUGAAUCAUCUCUUA